AUGAUUUCACCAAAAUACUCAUUGACCCAUUAUUAUCUUGGAACAAAAGCUUUAUCAUCAGCUAAACAAGCUCCUCAUAUUGUCAAUCUUUAUUUCGAUUACAAUUGUCCAUUUAGUGCAAAAUUAUAUUUAAAAUUAUUAAAAGUUAUACCACAAUUACAAUCUACAAAACCUGAUCAAUUCCAAUUCGUUUAUGUUAAUGUAAUUCAACCAUGGCAUACAAAUUCUACAUUAUUGAAUGAAUUUGGAUUGGCUUAUGCAAAAGUUUUAAGAGAAAAACAAGUAGGUGAUGAACAAACUAAAUUUUGGAAUUUUAAUAAAGUUAUAUAUGAAAAUAAAGAAAAGUUUUAUGAUAAUUCAAAUAUUGAAUUAAACAGGAAUGAAAUCUAUAAACAAAUUUAUGAUGUUGUUUCGAAAGAUCUUGAGUUGGGAGUAUCCAAAGAUGAUAUUUUAAACGAAUUGCUUAUUAAAGCUGGUGGUGAACCUUCAAAUAGUGGGAAUGGUGCAACAACUGAUGUUAAAUAUUUUACUAGAUAUUUAAGGACUGUGGGUGUUCAUAUUACACCCACCGUUACAAUUGACGGAAUUGCUGAUGAUUCCAUCUCAAGUGGAUCAAGCGAAGAAGAAUUGAUAAAACUGUUUAGUAGUAAAUUAUAA